AUAAUUCACGUGUGCACUUUACUGUGUUAGUAGCACAAAGCAUGGGAGCUUAUUUUGUAAACAAAUAAUAGCGUUCGAAUGGUAUAUUAAGAGGUUAUGAUGGAAAAAGACAGUAUUGCCAGGCUGCUCAACCCAGAUGGUUACUGCGUUCCUGAGCUGAAAGAUUUUUUCAAAAAGAGAAAGCCUGUUCGCCAUGAAGAACGCAGUUUAAAAAAACGUAAAACCAAGGUAGAAACUGUUUCAACGUUUACAGAAAGUGACACCUUGAAUAGUAAUCCGCAGUUUGAAGAAGAAGCUAACGGUGAUACGGAAAAAGAAGAUCGAGUUACCGAUAGAAGACUUAAACGAGAAAAGAAGAAAAAGAAGCAGCUCUGGAAACUCGAUGAAGAGAAAGAAUCACGCACCGUUUUUCUCGGCAAUUUGCCGAUUAAGUGGGAAAAGAAGAAGAUUAAGCGUUACUUUUCGAAAUACGGGGCGGUGGAGAAUCUGAGGCUGAGAUGCGCGCCGGUCGCAGAUCCGAGAGUGCCGAAGAAAGUCGCAGUGAUCACGAAGAACUUCCACCCGGAGCGCACGAGCAUCAACGCGUUUCUGCGCUUCGUGGACAAAGAGUCUGCGAUCAGCGCUUUGCGGGCCAACGGUUCCUUCCUAGGGGAACACCGCAUUCGAGUUGACCUGGCCGUCAACAACUUAGUCGUCUGCCCCGACAGGAAGAGAGCAGUUUUUGUUGGCAAUGUCCCGUUAUCGACUGAAAACAACGCUCUUUGGACCUUAUUCGAGAACUGUGGGCCUAUUGAGAGUGUUCAUAUUCCCAGAGAGAAGAUAACCGGUAUGGGAAGAGGAUUUGCUUACAUUAAUUUUAAGGAUCGUGAUGCCGUGGAGUUGGCUUUGAAAAUGAACGGGGAGCUACUGGAUGGCAGGGAGUUGCGAAUUACUCGCUACUUGAAAAAAACCACGAAGGCUGAAAAGAAGAAGAUCAAGGAGAGGGAAGCGCACGUGAGGGGUGUUAGAGUUAACCCCGGCAGAGGAAAGUCAGGGCAAGGGGCCCGGACGGCGAAAAGCCCUGGCCAGGCUGCGGAUCAAGGCCACGCAAAAAAAUCUCCUGGUGGUAAAAUAGUUAAGUACCAAGGGCAAACUGUUUCUGGAGUCAAGAAAAUUAAAAAGAAAAAGAAGAUGAGCAAAGUGGAGAAAAGAAGAAAGCUCUUGAUUGAUAAACUUGCUGGAGGACUUAGCAAAAAUAAUUGAUAUAAGUCUCAGUGGGCAACAAUUUAUGUUAUUAUAUUGUGUAUAAAAUUAUGUUUGCUGUACCAGAUUAAAAUGUUUCUGUUGCA